UAGAUAUCCUGCCCUCGCAGGUGGGACUGCUUCAGAGCCGGAGCAGAUGAAGUCCUCGGCCUGAUGUUUGAUGAAUCUGAAUGAAUCCUGGACUCACGUAUGUUCAUACAUGUUCAGAUGGAGGCUUUUUAUUCACUUAUCACUCGUGUGUUUAUCAGGUGGAGAAGCAGAGAGCGGAUCUGACCAGAGAACUGGAUGAUCUCACUGACCGGCUGGAGGAAGCAGGAGGAGUCACCGCCUCACAGAUGGAGGUGAACAAGAAGCGAGAGGCUGAGCUGCAGCGUCUGAGGAGGGACCUGGAGGAGUCCUCUGUCCAGUCUGAAGCUCUGGCUGCGUCUCUGAGGAAGCGGCACAGCGAUGCCAUGGCGGAGCUGAGCGAGCAGUGCGAGGCUCUGCAGAGGGUCAGAGCCAAACUGGAGAAGGAGAAGCAGAACCUGAGGAUGGAGGUGGACGAGCUGGCCGCGUCACUGGACAGCCUGCAGAAGGCCAAGAUGUCCUCAGACAGUCAGAUGAAGAAGCUGGAGGAGCAGCUGUCAGAGGCCAACAGGAGAGGAGACGACCUGCAGAGGACGCUCACUGAGCUCAGCGUGGCCAAGAACAGACUCACAGCUGACAACGCAGACGUGAGUCGACAGAUGGAGGAGGCAGAGAGCAGAGCCAGUCAGCUGACGCGCCCAAACUCUGCUCCAAACCCAGCUGGAGGAGCUGAAAAACACCUGGACGAGGAGCUCAAGUGUAAGCAGGCGGUCAGCGGCAGCCUGAGCUCAAUGAGGCAGGAGUGCGAGGUUCUGAAGGAGCAGCUGGAGGAGGAGCAGGAGAGCAAGCAGGAGCUGCAGCGCCUGGUCUCCAAACUCAACAGCGAGGUGACGCACUGGAAGACCAAGCACGAGUCUGACACCAUCCAGCACGCCGACGAGCUGGAAGAAACCAAGAAGAAGCUGGCAACCAGGCUGCAGGAGGCCGAGGAGGCCGUGGAAGCCACUCAGGCCAAAUGUUCCUCGCUGGAGAAAACUAAACAGAGGCUGCAGGGAGAGGUGGAGGAGCUCUGCAUGGACCUGGAGAAGGCCAGCAGCUGCGGUCAGGCUCUGGAUAAGAAGCAGCGGGUCCUGGAGAAGCAGCUCGGAGACUGGAAGCAGAAGUGCGAGGAGCUGGUGGCCGAGGUGGAGGGCUGCCAGAAGGAGAGCAGGCAACACGCCAGCGAGCUCUUCAAAGUCAAGACAGCACACGAAGAGUGUCUGGAGCAGCUGGAGGCUGUACGCCGGGAGAACAAGGCCUACCAGGAGGAGAUCACUGACCUCACAGACCAGCUGUCCGAUGGAGGUAAGAGUGUCCACGAGCUUCAGAAAGCCAAGAAGAAGAUUGAGAUGGAGAAGGAGGAGUUACAGGCCUCACUGGAGGAGUCUGAGGCAGCUUUGGAGGCUGAGGAGACCAAGGUGCUGAGGCUGCAGCUGGAGUUGUCCCAGGCCAAAGCAGACCUGGAGCGCAGACUGCAGGAGAAGGAGGAAGAGAUGGAAGCUGCACGAAAAAGCCACCAGAGGGCGUUAGAGUCCCUGCAGGCCAGUCUGGAUGUGGAGGUGAAAGGCAGAGCAGAGGGACUGAAGCUGAAGAAGAAGCUGGAGGCCGACGUCAACGAGCUGGAGCUGCAGGUGGACCUGCUCACCAAGAACAACGCAGAGCUCAGCAAGAACAGCAAGAAGAUGCAGCAGCAGAUCAAGGAGCUGCAGGCUCAGCUGGAGGAGGAGGUGCGGAGCCACGAGGAGCGCAGGGAGGAGCAGGCUGCUGUGGAACGACGCUGUGGUCUGUUGGUCAGCGAGGGGGAGGAGACUCGAGCAGCGCUGGAGAGCGCAGAGAGAGCCCGCAAGGCCCUGGAGACCGAGCUGCAGGAGGCCAGCGAGAAAUACACUGACCUCAACAACCAGUUCCAGUUGGCUCUGAGUGGGAGGAGGAAGCUGGAGGUGGAUCUCCAGACUCUGCAGCAGGAGCACGAGGAGCCAGGAGAGCUGAGAGGAUCCACAGACAAGGCCAAGAAGGCCAGCUGUGAGUUGGCACGCGUCGGGGAGGAGCUGCGUCUGGAGCAGGAGCACACACUCCACCUGGAGAGGGUGAAGAAAGGUCUGGAGGCUCAGAUCAAAGACAUGAGCAGCAGGCUGGAUGAGGCCGAGCAGAUGGCUCUGAAAGGAGGAAAGAAGAUCAUCCAGAAGUUAGAGGGAAAGGUGAAGGAGCUGGAGCUGGAGCUGGACUCGGAGCAGAAGCGGCACGCCGAGACGGUGAAGACGCUACGGAAGAACGAGCGUCGGCUGAAGGAGCUGCUGUUCCAGUCGGAGGAGGACCAGAAGAACCAGCAGAGGAUGCAGGAGCUGGUGGAGAGGCUGCAGAACAAGAUGAGGGCGUACAAGAGACAAGUGGAGGAGGCCGAGGAACAAGCUAACAUGAACUUGGCGAAGUACAGGAAGACCGUCCAUGAGCUGGAUGAUGCAGAGGAGCGGGCUGACAUCGCCGAGUCAGCACUCACCAAGAUCAGGACCAAGAACAGAGGCAGCUUCGGCAAAGGAUACUCCUCUGGUUACAGCACUCCGUACCCCGGCCUGGUCAGGUCACCCAGCUCUGUGGGCUCAGAGGGCAGAGGGGAGAAGAUCCUCAACGAUGACAACGAAUCCGUCAGCUCCCUCAUCCCAGCAUAUCUCAACUCCCUCAAGAAGCUCAUGAUUGACUAGAAAGACGGGUGUGAGGUCACCAUGGUCAGCCCUGACUCUUUCUGCAUCAUCCCAGCUUAAACACAGUAUGAAAUCUGAAACAUCAGGGAGCCUGAAACUAUAGUUUCACAACACUUUCAGGUCAUAAACAAACCAUUCAGUGUGUCUGUUUGUGAUUACUGUUCAUGCCAGUUAAAUGUACUCAGUCCCUCCUCUCUGUGUUUUGAUUGCAGUCUGUAGGAUCACAGCUUUAAUAACACACUACAGCUUUAAUGCAACACAUUUUUAUAUCCACUUCAUAAUGUAAUAUUUGUAUGAAAAACAAGCUGAAAACUGUGUUUCAGUAUUCCACUUUAGAAAAAAGUAACACUUGACUACAGUGACCAGUUAUAAGUCAUGUAUAAAUCAUAAUGUAAACAAUGAACAUCAUUAAGAAGUCAUUUAUUUACAUUUAUGAAUGAAUUUAAAAUUAUAAAUCACUUCUGUUGUCAGCAAUUGGAGAGAUCUUAGCUUUUAAUAUUAAAUAUAAAAUAUUCUGUAACUUUAAAUGACUGAGAACUUUUAUAACAUUUUCUAUUUGCUUUUCACAGCAGAAAAAACAGGUUAGUAAAUAUGUAGAAGGCAACAAGGGUUUUCAUUCUAUGAUCCCCAGAUUUAUAUGGCACAUAAUAGGAACAUGACAAAGAGUUCUACGUUCUCCAUUUCUACAUAUGUGCUCUCACUGAGUCCUGUGUUCCUGAAAAAGAUGUUUCAGCUCUGUCUUCACUUAAUAUGACUUGGGCUAUUGUGAGAACUUGUCAGAGGGGUUUUCUGGCCCCCAGCACUGCUGUCUGCUUCAGUAUAACAGGCCUAUACUUUAGAUAGCUGUUUUGACUCCUAAUAAUUAUGAAAUAAACAAAUUACAUAUAAAUGACAUGAAUAUAAUUCAUAAGGGAUUUGUACAUGAUUAGUUCAUCAUUAACUAAUGGUUUAUAAAUGACUUAUAACCAGUCAUUAUUAGAAAGUGUUACAAACUAAGAUAUACAACAAGGUGUCCUCAGAACAUGGCUUAUUUUAGGUCAGUAAUAAGAAAUGCAGUGUCUGUGUAUUGUAACUAUUUGAUAAAGUCCAAGUGUAUCUCUGCCUGAACUUUUAACCACAUCUUUAUUAUCACAGUCUAAACCUGUAACAAGGCUCGACCAAACCAUUUUA